CCGCGGGCAGUGCCGGGACAGGGCGGAGCCUGGAGGGCAGGCGGAUCCCAGCGUGGGCCCAGGAGGCCCAGCCAAGUGACCCGUACGUGGCUGCCUCCUGGUCGCACCAUGAUCCAUCCCGCACCCCGGCUCUCUGUGCCCGCCGCGCUGGCCCUGGGCUCGGCCGCGCUGGGCGCCGCCUUGGCCACCGGCCUCUUCCUGGGGAGCCGGUGCCAUCCCUGGCGAUCCCGGCGAGAGAAGCGCCUGCUGCCCCCUGAAGACAGCCCCCUGUGGCAGUAUCUGCUGAGCCGCUCCAUGCGGGAGCACCCGGCGCUGCGGAGCCUGCGGCUGCUGACCCUGGAGCAGCCGCAGGGAGAUUCCAUGAUGACCCGUGAGCAGGCCCAGCUUCUGGCCAACCUGGCGCGGCUCAUCAAGGCCAAGAAGGCUCUGGACCUGGGUACUUUCACAGGCUACUCAGCCCUAGCGUUGGCCUUGGCGCUGCCCCCGGCCGGGCGCGUGGUGACCUGUGAGGUGAACCCGGGGCCCCCGGAGCUGGGGCGGCCCCUGUGGAGGCAGGCUGAGGAGGAGCACAAGAUCGACCUUCGGUUGAAGCCCGCCCUGGAGACCCUGGACGAGCUCCUGGUCGCGGGCGAGGCCGGCACCUUCGACAUGGCCGUGGUGGACGCGGACAAGGAGAACUGCACCGCCUACUAUGAGCGGUGCCUGCAGCUGCUGCGCCCCGGAGGCAUCCUCGCAGUCCUCAGUGUCCUGUGGCGCGGAGAGGUGUUACAGCCUCAACCAGGGGACACCGAGGCCCAGUGCGUGCGAAACCUGAACGAGCGCAUCCUGCGGGACGCCAGGGUCCACAUCAGCCUCCUGCCUCUGGGCGACGGCCUUACCUUAGCCUUCAAGAUCUAGGGCCGGCCCCCAGCAGGUGGCCUCAAGGGAGGGGACCUGGGAACCCCAGACAUCAACCCUGAGUUUUAAAUUCGACAAUAAAGUGGGGCCUGGGACACGA